UACGAAAUGAACAGAUAAACAGCGGCUCCCUAGUUACGUCCGUGGAAAUAAUCAGCAAAUAUUGCUAGAAACAACGGCGUACAAAUCAAAAGGCCGUCGCUUAGCUCAUUUUACUACGUUCGUGAUCAACGAAGCGAAAUGUCCUUCUACGCAUGGUGGCACCGACGAGAACGCGGCAUUGCACCGCGUGUUGGCGAAUCUGACAUCGUCUAUCGAACAUUGUACGAGUCUUUCGAGCCACGACCUCCGAGACCGAUGACUAAACGAGAUCCAAACACGCUGAAUUAUGGUGGAAUAUUUUGUCUAGAGUUUUCACCUGAUGGAUCGAUGCUCGCGGGAGGCUGCGAGCAUAAUGGUGUGAUUCUUCUAGAUCCAGUGACGGAAAAGAGGAUAUGUGGCAUUAAAAACGCACACUAUGACAGUAUUAACUGCGUUAAGUAUCUCGAUAAUGUAACAUUCGCCACUGGUUCCGACGACGAUACCAUUGCCGUUUGGGAUACACGGAAUCUACGCACGAAGCUACGCUCAUUGCAAGGACACAACGGAUGGGUAAAAAACAUCGAGUAUUCAAAGAAGCAGAACAUGCUGAUCACAUCAGCUUUCGAUGGUACGGUUUGUGGCUGGGAGCUAAACAACUAUACCGAACAGGGAUGCGUCCACCGUCGAUUGCUCAAUGUGCCUGGUUUAGUGCGCUGCCGCCUGACUCCCGACGAAACAAGGAUGGUGCUUACGACUAGCGGCGGCUAUUUGAUGAUUGUUAACAAUCUGAACUUGCCUUGGCUGUCUAGCGACCUCGAAGGUUUCCAACCCAAUGUUUAUCGAUUAAUGCAAAAGCGCCAGCAAACAAUCGCCAUAACCGAAUCAUUCAAUCGUUCAUUUUAUCCACUAACCAAACGAAACCGAGUGGAGUUGGUCACUGACUUUCCAGUCGAUGAUGACGCAGAAAUAAUCAGUACACUACAGAUUCAUCCCCAUGGUUGGUGCGCUUUAAGCCGCAAUACUACUUACGACAACCGCGGUGAGUUUACAACCAUCCACGAUAUACAAGCCCUAUCAGAUACAGCUUACAACCGUUACACGAAAGACAAAGAUGAAGAAGAAGAUGCAGAGGAUGAUGAUAUCGCCGAAGAGAACGGAGAAGAAAACGAUAACGAAGAAAAGGCAGAUGAGAUAGUUUCGCACCAGCGUUACGGAGACCACGAUUACUGCCGUGAACCAUUGAUCUCUGAAAAUCAGCCACCUAUGGCAACUGCCCGAGCAACUCGAACUAUCGAUGCAGCUAUGGUGCGCGAGGAACUAUCAGGCAGUGUUGCCGCAAUGCCACCGGCAAACGUAGCCCUCGAUCUAUGGGCGACACAAAUCUCAUUUCAGGAGCGCGUGCUUGGUAUGGUGCCACUCCGCUUGUUUUUCUCCCGCCGCUCCGGACGGACUGUAGUCUCUUAUACGAUCCCGCAGCCCGAUUCAAAUGACUCUGAUAACGAGUUAAAGAAACACCACGAAGUCGACACGAUGUGCAAGAAUACACCACGGCUUUUAUACUACGUACGCGAGCCCAGCCUUUUGCCAGGCAUAAUCAAAGAAGCUUCCUUCUCACCCGAUGGCCGUAUCAUUUGUUCUCCGUACUUAAAUGGCGUGCGGUUGCUAGCGUUUAAUGAAAAUUGCGCGGAACUACCUCGCACAAUCAACACUGAGUGGAACGAUAAACCACAUACGCUACACGUGCUAAAAAAGGAAGUAGGACACCAGGGCAUAGUUGCGUGUAGCACGUUUAGUCCGCGCUUUCCCCUACUCGUUACGGGUUGCUUGAAAGGGAAUAUUGUAUGGCAUACGCGAACGAUGCAAUAAUUUUCUGAAUGUGUUAGUAUUUCUGUUUUUGGCAAUGACCCCAAAUCUGCGCAUUACCGCCAACAAACUGCCUCAAAUAAAUGUUUUAUUAUCCAUUAAU